AUGCGCGACAACAGCGAGAUGCCGACGGGUCUGCGAUCAGAUUGCUUCCUCUAUGGGGAUGAGAAGUCUUUGCAAUCGCGCGACGAGGCCAGAUCGUACGUCUGGUUGGCCGAGCCGGAGGAGACGGCGGAGCCACUCAAGGUGCAUAUCAAGCACAUCGCACCGAGGCUCUUUGUGCGCCUCACACAGCGCGAUCUUUCAGGCGAGGCAAAACGGCGACCAUAUCGCCAUGCCUCGGAGCUGGGGUUGUUGCGUCAGGCGGCGCGUCACUCGCGAAAUGCAGAGGGAGAGCCGGAUGGGAUUUGGCCGCCUCUGGCUCGAUAUAUGUGA